AACAACUCCCACCAUCCAUUGUUAGUCCCAAAAUUUUGAAAUGGACAUAUCAUCAAAAGAUCAAAGCAAGAAAAUUAUGUCCAAAGAAGAAGAUGAUAUCCUAAGUGUUAUGCAAUUACCAAUUGGUUUAGCCCUAAACAUGGUCUUGAAAGUCACUAUGGAACUUGGUAUUUUUGAUCUUUUGUCACCAAAUGCACAAUUAUCCUCUUCUCAAAUUGCAUCCAAAAUUCCAACAAAAAACCCUCAAGCUCCAAUUAUGAUUGAAAAGAUUUUGAGAUUUCUUGCUAGCCAAUCUUUGUUGAAAUUUACUCUUUGCAAAGAGGAUGAAAAUGGACCAUUUUAUAGUUUGACACCUUUGAGUAGAAAUCUUGUCUCUAAUAAAGAUGGGGUGUCAAUUGCUCCCACAUUUCUCUUCAUUAAUGACCAAGCCAUGGUUAAUUCUUGGUUUUACUUGAAGGAUGCAAUUCUUGAAGGAGAAAUACCAUUUAACAAAGCCAAUGGAAUGGGUGUAUUUGAAUAUCAUGCAAAAGAUAGUAGAUAUGCUGAGGUAACUAACAAAUCUACACAAAACUUGAACAAGAUAACCAUAACUAAAAUUCUUGAGACCUACACUGGCUUUCAAGAAGUAAAACAAAUGGUAGAUGUUGGAGGUGCUCUUGGUUUAACAAUGGCUUCUAUAGUUUCAAUGUACCCUCAUAUUAAGGGUGUCAAUUUUGAUUUGCCACAUGUCAUUAAGGAUGCUCCAACUUAUUCAGGGGUUGAGCAUGUUGCAGGAGAUAUGUUUCAAAGUGUUCCUCAAGGAGAUGUAAUCUUCAUGAAACAUGUAAUCCAUGAUUGGGAUGAUGAUGAUUGCAUAAAGAUAUUGAAGAAUUGUUGGAAAUCUUUACCUAAUUCUGGUAAAGUGGUGUUAGUUGAACAUAUAAAGCCAGAAAAUCCAGAAACAAAUGAUUUCUUUUCCAAGAAUGCAUUUUUCCUUGAUGUGUUUCUGAUGAUUGUCACUCCUGGUGGGAAGGAAAGAACAAAGGAAGAAUUUGAAAGUUUAGCAAAAAAAUCUGGAUUUUCUGGUUUCAAAGUCAUAAAUUCUGCAUAUUUAAUUUGGAUUAUGGAAUUGUACAAGUAGUAACUUUGUUAUAUUUCUUAAAAUAAGGGAUGUUUUACCCUUCACAACUUGUUGCAUAUCAUUUCAUAAUAUAUCGUAUUGCGUUGUAAUAUUGUAUUAUUCUGUAUUAAUAAAUAGAUUGUAUUAUUUCUCGUUGAUCGUUUCAUGAUAAUGUCAUAUGCCAGUAGUUUGAAGAAUAAAUUUACUAUACUAUAUUU